AUGAAGGCCCUCAUUCUCGUCGGUGGCUUCGGCACCCGCCUUAGGCCGCUGACACUCACCCUCCCCAAACCGCUUGUCGAGUUCGGCAACCGGCCUAUGAUCCUUCAUCAGAUCGAGGCGCUGGCAGCAGUCGGCGUCAAGGACAUCGUGCUGGCCGUGAACUACCGCCCAGAAAUCAUGACUGCGGCGCUACAGAAGUACGAGGAGGAAUAUGGCGUCAACAUCACCUUCAGCGUCGAAACCGAGCCUCUUGGUACCGCUGGCCCACUCAAGCUGGCAGAGAAGAUUCUCGGCAAGGAUGACAGUCCUUUCUUCGUCCUAAACAGCGAUGUCAUCUGCGACUACCCUUUCAACCAGCUCGUCGAGUUCCACAAUAGCCACGGCAACGAGGGCACGAUCGUGGUCACCAAGGUUGAGGAGCCGUCAAAGUACGGUGUCAUUGUGCACAAGCCGGACCACCCAUCCCGCAUUGACCGCUUCGUCGAGAAGCCGGUCGAAUUCGUCGGCAACCGUAUCAACGCCGGUCUCUACAUUCUCAACCCAUCUAUCCUGAAGCGCAUCGAACUCCGGCCAACAUCCAUUGAGCAGGAGACUUUCCCAGCUAUGGUCAAGGACGGCCAGUUGCACUCAUUCGACCUCGAGGGCUUCUGGAUGGACGUCGGUCAGCCCAAGGACUUCCUCAGUGGCACCUGCCUCUACCUUACCUCCCUCACAAAGAAGAACAGCAAGCUUCUGACCCCUGCGUCGGAGUCCUUCGUGAACGGCGGAAACGUCAUGAUCGACCCCUCUGCCACCAUUGGCAAGAACUGCAAGAUCGGCCCCAACGUGGUCAUUGGCCCGAACGUGCAAAUUGGCGAUGGCGUGCGUCUUCAGCGAUGUGUGCUGCUCCAAGGCUGCAAGGUCAAGGAGCAUGCUUGGGUCAAGAGCACGAUCGUCGGCUGGAACAGCACUGUUGGCCGAUGGGCGCGUCUCGAGAACGUCAGUGUGCUUGGUGACGAUGUCACGAUUGGUGAUGAGGUCUACUGUAACGGUGCCAGUGUGCUACCGCACAAGAGCAUCAAGGCGAACGUCGAUUCACCCUCAAUCAUCAUGUGA